AUGGAUGAUAGCGUUGUCACAGUUGCAAAAAUUCUUGAAGCCUUCCGUAUUCAUUUGAGUAAAUUGGAUUUCAAAUGUGAAACCAAUGAUGUUCAACCUUAUUCGUCCAUUUCUGAUCAUGAGCUACCAGUGAGCAACGAUGUCGUCAACUUUUUUCUGAAAGUGGGUGGUUUUGUGUUGUUGUGCGAAAAUGCACAAUGCUUAAAUCCUAUGUCUUUGAGCAAAGUGCUUCAUGAGUUACUUUCUUCUCAUCUAUCUGCAAGAGUUUUGGCUUCAUUGUUGUAUCGUGUCUACCAAUCUCCAGACACUUGGCCUUCUUUUUCAGCCGGUUUAUUUUCACUCUUGCAUACGAUUCCAUUUGCUUCAACACCAAGUUCCUAUUUUAGUUUUCCAGAUGAUGCGUAUUCCAAUGUUUCGCUACCACCCACUGAUAAGUGGCCAAGCCAAGCUGGUUGGACAUUCCACUGCUGGAUAUACCGAAAACGUUUAACAAAUAAUAAAAUGCAUUUAUAUUGCUUUCAAACUUAUGAUCGGUUAGGAUUCUCAGCUUAUUUUAUUAACGAAGUUCUGUUUUUAUCUGUGAGUCGUAGCAAGGGGAAGGUUGAUGAGUUUCCGAUCAAUUUCUCUUUCUGUCUUCAUGAGUGGUUCAUGCUUACAAUUGUUCAUUCGUUUUUGCGGUGGGGUGGUAGUGGUAUUUUUUGCUACGUUAAUGGUACGUUGGUGUCAAAUGUGGACGUUACAUGGCAUCUAAAUACCUGUGAGGUUUUUAAGACAUGUUUAAUCGGUCAAUCCAGUAACACUACAAAUGGAGAUGGUUUUUGUGGCCAUAUGUCUAACAUUAUGGGGUUUGCGGAGGCUCUUACGCCGGAACAAAUCAGUUUUAUUUACUGUUUAGGUCCAAAGUACCAAGGUCAGUUCCAUUUUGAAGCUGAUAUCUGUGAUGAGUCUUUAUCUAAUCAAACCGAAAUAAUUAGUGACCUUAACAAGCUGUAUACCUCCCUUGUGUUUGCAUACAAUCCUCUUUCUUGUGAUGGUCGGUUAUGUCUUAAUCAGGCUGUAAACUUCCACCAGUCAAAUCAAACAUCUUUGCACGCUUUAAUGAGUGAGAAUGUCUCUGCCGUAAUAAACAGUUCAGUGUCUGAUUUAUUCAUCAAACUGGGGGGCAUGCACUUAUUUUAUCCUUUAUUUAGUCGCUUAGAUUGGCCUUCUGAGAAGUCUGUUGCUUUUGAAAAUAAAUUAAAUGUUCUAGAAAUACUUGCUCUUCAUCCAUCGUUUGCCAAUCUUCAACUUUCUACACCUGAAAUCCCAACAAUUCUGGUUCGCUUUAUUUUUGGUUUAGUUCGUAUGUCAUCUACAUUGAGAAGUCAAUUUGUUGCAACUAAAGGUCUACUUAUCAUUGCUAAUGCGUUAAAUCAAUCAGAUAUGAAGCAUUUAACGAAGAGUUUACUGGAUGAAAUUACGAAUUUCACGCUGUAUUUACUAAAAAUGAUUAAAUCAACUCAUGACGAGUCGAACAUUCACAGUAAUUUAACAUCAAAUGUUAAUAUUUACAUUAUACUCAUCAGACAAAUGUAUGGGUAUUUCCUAAGUAACUCAGAACUAUGGUGUAAAUCUACCCUAGAUGUUCAGGAACAGUUGUAUCAAUUUUUAGCUACUGAUUUUAUGGAAGCUGUUAGUUUAGGUUAUAUUGAACGAAUUGGAACUAUAAUUCAUUGUUUAAACGCAUUAAAAUAUUAUUUGGCAUUGACAAAUCCCCGUGCACGAAGUGGUUAUGAACUUUGUACACCAGAUCAUGAGAUAAUUGGUUCAGUUGAAAAAUUGAUUAAACUUCGUACAAACUUAUUGAUUUAUCUGAAACGUUUAUUUACACGUGGUGGAAUUACGGAUGAUGAGAUGCAGCUAAUUCUAGCCUUUUUAACUACUGUCCAUGAGCCGGAAAAUAUUCACGAUGUACUUUACUUAUUGGUCAGUACUUUGAUUGAAUUUCCCAAUACAUGUGGUCCAGUAUUUGUUCGCACUAACGGGAUUCAUUGCGUAUUCAAAUUACUCACCUCUGAAGAUGAACACGUUCGGAUAUAUGCUAUCAAAUUAUUCGGACUAUAUCUUGUUUAUGGAAAAAAAUUGGUUUAUGACAAUACAAUCGAAUGUUUCGCUUUAUAUUCUCUUUUGGAAGAACGUUUGAAUUCAACGUCUCCUCAGUUCACUUCAUUAAUAUACAAUGCAUUAUUCGAGGUAAUGACUGAAUGCGUUUCACCGAAAAUUCUUAUUAAUCCUAUUAAUAUUAAUAAAACAAUGUCAGUAAUUAAAAACCCCGCUGUGCUUAAAGUUAUUGCACAUCUUAUUGCUCAGUCAGAACAAACAAAUGAGAUUUUAUCCAUUAAAGACACUUUUAUUCAACAUUUAUUUAUAUUUUGUUCACAGAAUCCAUAUAAUAAAAAAACUAUAUUACAAUUAUCUGUUUGGCAAGACUGGUUACUUCACUUAGUACCAUUAUAUCCCAACAAUAAAACAAAUGCUAAUUUUCUUGUGAAAAUUUUACAUUUGAUACGUAUUUUAUUAAUAUACGGAAUAUGUCAUGAAUAUGGUAGUUGGCAAGUACUUGUUGAUACAUUAGCACUGAUACACUUACACAUUUGUGAAGAAAGAUCUACUUGUCUUAAAGAAAAGCAAGAAACUGCAAAACCAAAGUGUACAGUGGAUGAAAAGGAUUCCAACUUAGCACAUACAAACACAUCAGUAUUAUUUUCAAAUAAAAGUUCUACUGAAUUGGACAGUUCUCUCGGUGUUGAUCUUACAGAAUAUGGAUCUUGUCAAAUUAAAGAUGAUCAGUUACCAUCCAACAAUGCAUUAAUGGAAAAUAAUAGUAAUAAUAACAGUAAUGCUGAUAAUAACAAAAACGUUGAUAACAAUGCCAAUAACAGUUGUUCAAGUUCAGUAUGUAAUUCAGAUCAGAUACUUGACCGAACUCCGUCUGAUUCAAUUUUAUCUUAUGAAAAUAUUGAAAUACCGCCUUUAUCAUUACCGAAAACAUCACCUAAUCAUCAACCAAAUUCUCCUUCCAAUCACAAUCACAAUGUAGAGAAUAAAGUGACCACUGAAGCGAAUAAUUUGAAGAAAGAGGAUAAAUCAAUGAAAUUCCAAUUAACCAACUUUUCUUGGUCAUAUGUACAUCAUUUGUUAUUAGAUGAUUUAUUAUGUUCACUUGAAAAUAUUGUAGUUCAACGAGUGGUUCACAGAAAACAGUCUGUGACCUCGCAUUCCUCUUUGUCUACACCAACUCAUGGAUUAAGAGAGAAUAUUUUGAAACAGCAAACAAAGAUAGGAAAAGAAUCUGUUCAGUCACCAACUUCUAUACAAUUAAAAUCACCAACGUUACCAUCACUUUCAUCCUCGUCUGUAUUAUCAUUAGCAUCCACAGAACUAUCGUUAUCAUCGACGGCAAUAACAACAUCGCUGGCAACUAAUCCUUUCAUCAGAACACCACAUUCAAAUAAUCAGGCAUCUUUGACAGAUAAUAAUUUUAUUGCGAAUAAUAAUGACGAUGACAAAAUAUUUUCUCAAAAUGAGACAAACAUGAAUGUAAUUGAUCCAAGAAAUGAAUCUAUUUUUACUACAAAUAUGUUGCAUAUUAUUUCUUAUUUAUCUGAUAUGAUUGUCGGAGCAUGUGGAGGCUUGUUACCGUUACUUGCUGCAGCGUCAAGUUCCACAAGUUUUAUCGGGACUUCCUGAUCUUCAAGGAAAUCUCAAUUAAUAAACUUAACGAGGAGCGAUGGCGAUAGUGUUUCAUGAGAUGAACAUCAUCUCCAAAUCUUUAUGAAGUCAUGCGUCAAAGUCGUUAUCUAUUUUAAGCAUUCUCACUUUAGCAGGUAGAGUAUUAUUCAGUAAAUCACUAAUCAAAUGAUUACUUUGAAAGUUUCCUUUACAAGAAGCAAAUUAACAAAACCAACUGGCUCAUGUGUUAUGCACUAUCUAUGUAUAAAAGUGAGCAUUUGAUAUAUUGAGCUCUGUCAUGUUUAC